AUGGUCUUCAUCAGGGCCGUUCAGCUCCUCGAGGCAUUAGCACGCGAGAUUCACAACCAAGCACUAGUGGAGAAAAUCCUACCGCUGUCCUCCCGGGCGGAGUGCAGGCAUCACAUUAAGUUCAUAGUCGAAUGGCCUCAGGAGUACCCGCUCUUGUUAGCUAUUGGUCUAAGCAGUCUGCCUGUGCAGGUUCGAGACUCGGCCCUGGCCCUCAAGGACGAGAUGCCCAAGUCGGACGUCAACAAGGAGUACUACACGCAGAACAUGGAGCGCGAGAUCCAGAACUCUGACGGCACGACGCCCGUGGGCUCGCUGGGCAAGGCGCAGGCGCCCAGUGACAUGCUGCUCAAGCUGGCGCGCACCACGCCCUACUACAAGCGCAACCGCCCGCACAUCUGCUCUUUUUGGGUGAAGGGCGAGUGCAAGCGCGGGGAGGAGUGCCCCUACCGGCAUGAGAAGCCGACGGAUCCGGACGACCCCCUGGCUGACCAGAACAUCAAGGACCGCUACUAUGGCAUCAACGACCCCGUGGCCGACAAGCUGCUGCGGCGUGCGUCCAGCAUGCCGCGCCUCGACCUGCCCAGCGACCGCACCAUCACCACGCUCUACGUGGGCGGCCUCGACGACUCCAUCGGAGAGACGCAGCUGCGGAACCACUUCUACCAGUUUGGGGAGCUGCGCAGCGUGACGGUGGUGCCGCGCCAGCAGUGCGCCUUCGUACAGUUCACGACACGGCACUCCGCCGAGCAGGCGGCCGACAAGUCCUUCAACAAGCUCAUCAUCAACGGGCGGCGCCUCAACAUCAAGUGGGGCAGGUGGGGAGCACCGAGACCACGGGAGGAGAUCAGGGCUGGCAAGACCAUGACGGAUACGGGUGCCAGGCUAGAGCCUGUACCGGGCCUGCCGGGAGCGCUGCCGCCGCUGCCCCCGAUGAGCGGAGGAGAGUCUGGCGAGGAGCAGACGGAGGCGAAUUACUUCAACCUGCCCCCGGCCGUGUCCCUGCCCCCAGCCCCCCUCAUGGGCAUGAGGCUGCCACCACCACCCGCAAUGGGCUCCAUGCCCCCCCCAGGGUUCGGCCCUGGCGGAUUCCUGCCUCCGAUUCCUCCGCCGCUGUUCAUGAGGGGCCCCGUGCCCAUUCACUAUCCCUCGCAGGACCCUCACCGCAUGGGGCCCACACGGGCGGAGGGGGAAAUCCCAGCAGUGACUGUCUCCACAAGAUCAGCCGUCGUCGCCGCCUCCAAAAUCUGCCCUCACAAUAUCCCGCCAUUCGGCUUUCGGUGUUUGCUCUGGUCGGCAAACUCGUGGAGACCACUCCAAUGCCUGUCCCGGCAAUCGGCCCUCCCCGCCAUCUUGCACACGCUCGCCUGCCCAUAUUCUCUUGGUGGACAUACCUCGUAUCUGUGUCUCGGAAAUUUGUCCCCAAUGCCAACAACUUCUUCACGAUCUGCUUCGUAA